AUGAAGAUCACUUCGAGUAUCCUGCUGCUCGUUGCACAGCUCUACACGACCACGGCCGCACCAAGUCAAAACUCAAAAGACCGGCGCGGCGUGCUUGAUACAGACCCCACAUAUGCAGAUCCCGACGCAACGGCAAGCUUUCAUCUCGAUUGUGGCUCCCCCUCGGUGACGAGAAUGUGUUCUUCCAGCAACAGCGGCGCAUAUUGCAACCCGUCGACAGGCAGUCUGACGAUAUAUCUGGCUGGGACGUGUGGGAAUUGCAAGAUGACUCAGGUAAUUCCUGGCGCCAACGUCAGCAUUGUGCUGAAAGCAGACCAACGCACUGGAUGCGAAGUGCAAGGCGUCGUCCAGAAUGUUUUGACACGCGGCGACCACCAUCGCGGUAUUAAGGUCCGCUUGACAGAUGGUCGCAUUGGGCGUGUGCAGAGGAUGUCUUCGUCCGCUUCAGCUUCUGAGCAAGAGCCAAUUCGUGGAGGUGCGACCAGUUCCGCGGCGGUUGGUGGUGGGGUAGUCGCAUCCCAGACCGAUGCACCUUGGCCGCCACGAGCUGUCGCACCGCCGCGUUAUCAAGAUGUUCGUCUCGAUGGGCAUUUUGAACCUCCACAGGAGCAGAUUGAUCUGGCCGCAUACAUGGUAGCUCCCAAAAAGAAGAAGGGAAAAGGGCGCAAGACGCCCAAGGCACAGCCAGCAGAGGAUUCACCCCCGCUCAAUGAGCCAUCCGCCGACCCUCAAAGGAUCGCAACCGAUGUCGCAUCUGCCACUGCCACUUGUCCCGUUUGCGGCGCCUUUGAAGGUGAUGAGGCAGCUGUUGCGCAUCAUGUGUCCGAACACUUUGAGUGA